UAACAAUCCAUCAGUAUCAGCUCUCUGAUCUGUUUAGUAUUUAUUUCUUCUUCACAUUCUCAAUGUAGUGGUGAUCAGUGCGACUGGAAUGCUGGCGUCUUGGAUAAUGAGGUUUCAGCAAUCUGAGAUUAGAACGAAGACUUCCGUAAAUGCAUUCACAGUCAACUCAGAUGCAGCUCGACCAGAGAUGACAACAUCAGCGAGUGCAUCAGAUGUGACCGAAGGUGUGUCAAACACGCCGAGGCAACAGAUAAUCACAAAUAUUCCUGGAACUGCAUCAGUAAAUAUGAUGUCUGGAUUAUCUGUGGUAUCAAGAGCUUCAUCUGUUUCUACUGCCGAGCCCUCUCGACAAACAAGAGCUGAGACAGCAGCAGGGCCAGUGAGAUCUACAGCUGGGGAAACAAUCAUAGAGAAAGUUAAGAUACACACUUUACCUGGAACAGAAAAUGCCGAAAGACAAGAAACAACAGAAACAACAGUCACCACGUGUACAGAAAUACAAGAAAGUGCCGAUGUGGAAACAUUGAUAAAUACAGCUCAAAAAACACCUGAACCUGAGAGAAUAAGUGAAAGUGAUAUCAUACAAACACAUACAAGUGAAACAGAAGUAACAAUUUUUGAGAAACCAGCUGAAAUAAGCAUCACACCCAAACCAGAAUCAGAGACAAGCAGAUUUCCUCGGACUAUAACAGCGACAGUUAAUAUCAGGAGUGCGACUCCAAUACCAGAACCGGGGACAGUAAGAGCAACAAAUUUCAUUAAAAAUUUCAUCACAACUAGACCAGACAUUACAUUUAGGACAGAAUCAGUUAGGACUGAAACAAAAGCAGAUUUAACUGAAGGAAAACUAGCACCAACCACCAUCAUAAAAAGACCAAAAACAGCAGCAACAGGGCCAUCUAAAGUAGAAACAAGUGAAAAAAACACAGUUAGACCACAAAAAUCUCCUCAUGCUAUAAAAACUUCAAAUGGUCCAACAAUAAAUGAGGCUACUGGUAUAAAUCUUAUAACUAUGAUUCAAACUGCCACUGGAAAACAAGCUAAAACACUGAGAAAACAAUUAAGUACAGCUGGUACAGACAUAACGAUAAACCCAAACGUAUUAACAAUAAGUAAAUCCACUGUAAAUCAUUUAAACACCAUUUCACCAGAGAGACAGACUGCUAAAGUGUUUGAGAAGUUGACAACUCGGUCACACAAGUCUGUAUCACCAUGUACAGAUAAAUGUCAAACCAAAUCUCCAACUAAUAAUACUACAGGCAGACGAGGCCUGUCGGAUAAAACGUUUUACUCUGCCAUCACUAUGGGUUGCAUAUUGGUUGUAUGUGGCCUUCUAGCUCUUGUUGUGUUUAUAAAGGAUUUUAUUGUGUCCGACUAAAAUAUUUAGCAUAUUAAAAAUGUUGGUUAAUUGUUUCAUGAAUUGAAACUGAGUAUUUGUUUUAAUAUGUAAAUAAACAACUAAUUGAAUAAAUAACUAAUAACUAAACAUGUAAUUAUUCAUUUUUAAUAAAUAACUAAUUCAUUAAGAUCAAUUCAGAUAAUGAUUGUUGAUUUCCCUCAGGUCAUUCCAAAUGACUUUCUUUCUUCUGUGCAACCAGUUUCAACUGGUUUUAUCCAUAAAAUAGAAGUCAAUGUUAAUCAGUAAGUGAAAGAUAAUGGAAAAAUAUAUUUUUUGUUUUCCACAAGGUUGAUCAAAUAAUGACAGGAUUUAUACUUUUUGGCGGAACUAUCCAUUGAAUGCUCACGGAGCUAUAGAAGAUACAAAUUGCUUACAUUUAAAAUUUGACCAGAUCUAAAUAAACAGUUCAAAAAUAUAUAACUACAAUAAACCUGAUCAUUGAUCAGUACAAGUCAAUAAAAGACCCUGUACAUCUAAUGCAUGUAUCAUUAAAAACGCGUCUGACUCGAAACAAAAAUUAAGAAAAUUGUAUACAUGUAAAGGCAACCUACUCUACGAAGAUGACGCUGAUUGGCGGAAUGCCAUGUAACAUAUCGGUCAGAGCACGCGAUUGGUCCUGUGUUAAAUCUUGGUAGCGAGCUGAACUAAUUAGGGAUCUUGACUCACGGGUGGCCAUAUAGUUUAAAAUGUAAACAAAUAGCACGUUAUCUAACGGAUACGAGGAAUCUAAUGUCACCCAUU